AAUAAACUGAAAAAUGAACAUUACCGAAGGGAAGAAUGUUGUUUUAUUACGUUCACCUUUUUCGUUUUCCUUUCAAAAUUCCAUUCUAGUUUUCGAUAUUCCUUAUAAUUUGUAUUUCAUAACGGCAGUUUACUCCUUGGAUUAAAUGUCAUUUACCUUUAUUUCUACCAAAGAGAAUACUGGCGUAAUUCCAAAGAAAUGACCAAUGUAUAAAAACAUCAUACCUUACUGAAAAUACCGAUACCAGUCGUAAUCGUCAUCACCUGAAACAUGAAAUAGAUAACUAUCAGCAUUCUUUUACGUUGAUCCCAAAAACGUUUGAUGCAAACAUCUAGAAAUCAUAUUACCCAUUUUGACUUUAGUUCUGACUCUUGGACAUACUGUCGCAUCUUUGUUGAUUCUUUCUGUGUAUAUAUAGUAAAAUACUAUCUGACGACAUUGGUUAAAAGAAUUUCUAACUGCAGAUGUAUCAGAACAUAUACAAUCCUGUUUAUAUAAAUCUGUGAAAUAUUUUCUCUCAGUGAAAUUAUUAGCAAAAUUUCUCUAUUCCUGAUGAAUAAAACUCUAUGAUGCUACGGGAUUUUUAUCAAACUUGGAUUAAGUUGUGAAAGAAUUUGAAGCAAUUUCAAACAGCAACAAAGAUCACAGUUGAUGGAAAUAUAGUGGAAGACAUAUUUGGUAGGACUAAAAUAUCCAAACGAAAAAGAAGAAACAUGAUGCAAAAUGAAUUUUGUGAGAACCAGUAUCAAUGCAAAACAGAAACACAAAACAUUGGUUCCCCUAAGGAGAAGCUGAAGGUUCAAGGGAAAACAACGUAUCAGUGUGAUAUUUGUGAAAAAUCAUUGUCUCAAAAAGGUCACCUAAUUACCCAUAAGCGUAUUCAUACUGGAGAGAAACCAUAUCACUGUGAUAUCUGUGAUAAAUCAUUCUCUCAAGGUGGUUAUUUGACUGAACACAAACGCAUUCAUGCCGGGGAGAAGUUGCAUCACUGUAAGGUUUGUGGGAAGUCGUUUUGUAGAAGUAGUAACUUAGCUAUUCACAAGCGUAUUCACACAGGAGUAAAACCAUAUCGUUGUAAUAUCUGUGGUGAAUCGUUUUCACAUGGAAAUAACUUAACCAAACACAUACGUAUUCAUACAGGAGAGAAGCCAUAUCAGUGUGAUAUCUGUGGUAAAUCAUUCUCUCAAAAUGGUCAUUUAACUGGACACAAACGCAUUCAUACUGGAGAGAAACCAUUUCAUUGUGAUAUCUGUGGCAAAUCAUUCUCUGUAAAUGGUGAGUUAAGUCAACAUAAGCGCAUUCAUACCGGAGAGAAGCCAUAUGACUGUGAUAUCUGUGGUAAGUCCUUCUCUCGAAAUGAUCAUUUAACUAUACACAAAGAUAUUCAUACAGGAGAGAAGCCCUAUCACUGUGAUGUCUGUGGGAAAUUGUUCUCCCUCUCAAGUAACCUAACUGCUCACAAACGUAUUCACACAGGAGAGAAACCAUUUCACUGUGAGACCUGUGGUAAGUUGUUUUCUCGAAGUGGUGACUUAACCACUCACGAACGCAUUCAUACAGGAGAGAAACCAUAUGAUUGUGAUAUCUGUGGUAAAUCCUUUUCUGUAACAAGUCAAUUAACUAAACACAAACGCAUUCAUACAGGGGAGAAACCAUAUCAUUGUGAUAUCUGUGGUAAAUCAUUUUCUCAAAACGGACACUUAACUCAACACAGACGCAUUCAUACGGGAGAGAAACCAUACAAAUGCGAUAUCUGUGGUAAAUCAUUUUCUCAAAAAAGUCACUUGACUAUACAUGCUUGUAUUAAUACAGAGGAACGAGGGGAAAAUUAUCAAACGACACCGCCGAGCACAUGUCAACAGUCCAAACCAAACCGAACUACAGAGAAAUUUCUAAACCUUUUAAGAAUUCUUCGAGAAUUAAUAAUGGAAGACGAUAAUCCCUUGGACACUUCUCACACUACAUUAAUUCAUGAUAUAGAUACAAUUAAUAAGACACGCAGUGAAACAUUUAUUAAACAAGAAUCAAUACAGAGAAAUAUUAGAGAAUUCUGUUCUGGAAAUGAAGUCUUCACACAUCAGGAGGAGAUCCAUAACAGGAAUAGAUCGUUCCACUGCGAAACAUGUGGCAAAUCGUUCUCGCAGAAUUCCCAUCUGGUUGUUCACGUACGCAGUCAUACUGGAGAGAAACCAUUCCAUUGUGAAAUAUGUGACAAGUCUUUCGUUUCCAGCAGCAGUUUAACCAAACACCAGAUAUUACACACUGGAGAAAAGCCAUUCCACUGUGAAAUAUGUGGGAAAUCGUUUACCAAUAAUUCAAACCUUGUUGUUCACAAACGUAGUCACACUGGAGAGAAACCAUUCCAUUGCGAAAUAUGUAAGAAAUCUUUUGUCGAUAACAGCAAUUUAACGAAACACAAGAUAAUUCACACUGGAGCAAAGCCUUAUUCCUGUGAGGUAUGUGGGAUAUCUUUUGUCUAUAAUACUAAUUUAAAAACUCACAGAAUAAUACAUAGUGGAGAAAAACCGUUCCAUUGUGAAAUAUGUGGGACAUCUUUUACCAAUAACUCGAAUCUAAUCAUCCAUAUACGAAGUCACACUGGUGAGAAACCAUUCUGUUGCGAAACAUGCGGGAAAUCUUUCGUUGAUAACAGUAGUUUAACAAAACACAAACGAAUACACACUGGAGAGAAACCUUGUCAUUGUGAAAUAUGUGGAAGAUAUUUUGCAUGUAACAGUAUUCUAACGAAACACAAACGAAUACACAGUGGGGAAAAGCCGUUUCCUUGUGAAAUAUGUGGGAAAUCGUUCUCUCAGAAUUCAAAUCUUGUUAUCCACAAACGUAGUCACACUGGAGAGAAACCAUAUAAUUGUGAAAUAUGUAGGAAAUCGUUCUCUGUUAAUUCGCAUCUCGUAAUUCACAGAAGAAAACACACCGGAGAAAAACCUUAUGAUUGUUGUAUUUGCGGGGAAUCUUUCGUUUCUAGCAGUAAUUUAUCAAGACACAAACAAAUACACGUUGGGCGGAAGCCUUUUAACAGUGAAACUUGAGAGAAAUCGUUCUCUUGUAAAUCUAAAACUAUAUAUUUGGUCCGAGUGAUUGCCAUGUAUAGUUUCCCAUGCCACCGAUCUGUCUCCAUCGGAGGAGAUUUUUCAUGAAAUAUAAUCUUUCACUUGUUUCAGUCAUUAAGCUGCAGCCAUGUUGGGGCACCUCCUUGAAGAAUUUGUUGUCGAAUGAUUCGACUUCAGUACUUUUUUUUCUUUUGAGCUUGGUACUUAUUUUAUCGUACUCUUUUGCCGAACUGCUAAAUUAUGAAGACGUAAACAUACCAAUACUAGUUGUCAAGCGGUGUGUGUGUGUGUGGGGGGGGGGAGGGACAAAACAACGGUACACACAUACACGACGGGCUUCUUUCAGUUUCUGUUUACCAAAUUCACUCACAAGGCUUCGGUCGACCCUAGGAUAUACUUGCCCAAGAUGCCACGAUGUGGGACUAAACCUGAAGCAAUGUUAUUGGGAAGCAAUCUUCUUACCACAUGUCCACGAUCGGAAAUAAUCUUGUAAUUCCCAUGUUAUUGUCGACCACGUCUACUCCCAUGUGGAGGAAACACUUUCACUUGACUAUUUAGAAAAUCCUUAUUUGUAGUUGUUGACUAAUAAAUAUACAAUAAUCAAAAAAUUCUAGCCAUGUUAAAAUAUGUCUGGAUGCCCUUCCAGACAUGUACACACACACAAGGAGGUGCUGGGAAAUUCCUGGUUUUGGGUAAAAGAAAAUAUGGUAGGAUCAGUUAAUUAUUCCCCUCACAGAUUCAAACACUUAUUGCAGUGGUCCUUCAGUUUUUCUAAGCCCUGCAAAAAGAACUCGGAAGGUUGGGCCUCCAGCCAGGCCUUUCAUGAUACCCUUAAAGCCAGGAACUUUUCAGCCCCCUUGUAUGUGUAUAUAUACACAUAUAUAUAAGUAAGAUCACAAAUGGGCUGAGGUUCACUAUAGCUG